AUGUUGAAAUUAUCGAGAACUGCAGUGAAAAACUGCAAGUUAUUGUCCGUAUUUAAGAGAUCAUUAACGUGCUCCCCUAAUGUGAGACUAUCAUCAUCUCUUUUAGUAUCAAAUUGUAAUUCAAUUAAAAAAACUUUCACUCCAAUUAAUUGUGCUGGUAGUAUUCGUUCUUAUUCAAAUGGUCCAAAUGCUGUCAAAUUGACAUCUGAGGUUUAUCCAAAUGUUCAUAGAAAUAAUCACUAUAAAAAAUUAAGUUCUGAUGAUUUAGAAUAUUUCAAUUCAAUCUUAUCAAAGCAAGAAAUUAUGUAUACUGGCACGGGAAAUAAUUUGCAAGAAUUGGAUUUAUAUAACGAAGAUUGGAUGAAAAAAUAUAAAGGUCAAUCUCAUUUAGUAUUAAAACCAAAAUCUGUCGAAAAGAUUUCGUUAAUUUUAAAUUAUUGUAAUGAAGAAAAAUUAGCGGUGGUACCUCAAGGUGGGAAUACUGAUCUUGUAGGUGCAUCAGUUCCUGUAUUUGAUGAAAUUAUUCUUUCUUUAAAUAAUCUUAAUCAAAUUAGAGAAUUCGACCCUGUAAGUGGGAUCUUAAAAUGUGAUGCAGGUGUGAUCUUAGAAAAUGCAGAUAAUUAUUUAAGAGAACAUGAUCACAUUUUCCCAUUGGAUUUGGGCGCUAAGGGUUCCUGUCAUGUUGGUGGUGUUUGCGCUACAAAUGCAGGUGGGUUAAGAUUAUUAAGAUAUGGUUCACUACAUGGUUCUGUCUUAGGUUUAGAAGUAGUCAUGCCUAAUGGUGAUAUUGUUAGUAGUAUGCAUUCUUUACGUAAAGACAAUACAGGUUAUGAUUUAAAACAAUUGUUUAUUGGUGCUGAAGGUACUUUGGGGAUUAUUACUGGUGUAUCUAUCUUGACUCAACCAAAACCCCAAGCAAUUAAUGUUAGUUUCCUUGCAGUGCAAAACUAUGAAGCUGUUCAAAAAGUGUUUGUUAAGGCUAAGAAGGAAUUGGCUGAAAUCUUGUCUGCUUUUGAAUUUAUGGAUCAAAGAUCUAUUCAAUUGACCAAAAAACAUAUUGAAAAGGAUACACCUUUCCCCUUAGAAGAAGAAUAUCCAUUUUAUAUUCUUAUCGAAACUUCAGGCUCCAAUAAAGCUCAUGAUGAUGCAAAAUUGGAGACCUUCUUGGAGAGCGCUAUGGAAUCCGAGAUCGUCAUUGAUGGUACAAUUGCUCAAGAUGAAACUGAAUUACAGAAUUUAUGGAAAUGGAGAGAAAUGAUCCCCGAAUCAAGUCAAUGUCAAGGGGGUGUAUAUAAAUAUGAUGUCUCUUUGCCAUUAAAGGAUCUAUAUUCUUUGGUCGAAGUAGUAAACAAGAAAUUGGUUGAGGCAGAUUUGUUAGGGAGUGCUCCAAAACCUGUCAUUGCUGCUGUAGGGUACGGUCAUGUUGGUGAUGGAAAUUUACAUUUGAACGUUGCUACAAGACUAUACUCCAAGGAAAUUGAAUGCACUUUGGAACCAUUUGUUUAUGAAUAUGUAUCCUCUAAGCAUGGAUCAAUUAGUGCAGAACACGGUCUAGGGUUCCAAAAGAAAAAUUAUAUUUCAUACACAAAGAGUGAGCCAGAGAUUAAAAUGAUGAAGGAUUUAAAGAAACAUUAUGAUUCAAAUGGUAUCAUGAAUCCAUAUAAAUUUAUCUGA